AUGGCUCUGAUUCCGCGACUGAUUCUGCAAUACCUGAAACAGCUGUGGUCCCACAGACGUUACCCUCCGGGGCCUUUCCCGCUUCCUGCCAUUGGAGGCCUCUGGCGGCUUGGGGUCAGGCUUUCUCCGGAUACCUUCACUAAGAUGAUGAAGCACUAUGGAAACAUCUAUACAAUAUGGAUUGGGCACAUCCCUAUGGUAGUCCUCUCUGGUUACCAAGCAGUGAAAGAGGGCCUGGUUGACCACUCAGAAGACCUGGCAGACCGGCCGCUGACCCCUUUCCUUGAAGCUUCCUUGAAAGGGAGGGGCAUUAUGUUUUCAAAUGGACACACCUGGAAGCAGCAGAGACGGUUUGGGCAAGUGACCAUGCGGAAGCUGGGGCUGGGGAAGAAGGGCAUGGAGCACCAGAUCGAAGAGGAGGCCCAGCAGCUGGUGGAGACUUUCGCGCGUGCAAAGGGGCAGCCACUUGAUCCUUCAGCAGCCAUCACCAAAGCAGUCUCCAAUGUAAUAUGUGCUUUGGCUUUUGGAUCUCAGUUUUCCACUGAGGAUGAAAACAUGCAAAAGCUGUUGGAAACACUUGACUUUGGCUUAAAAUUUGGAGGAAGCUUCUUUCAUGCUCUGUAUGAAUUGUUCCCAUGGAUUAUGAAGCAUCUCCCCGGCCCUCAUAAGGCAGCACUGUCUGCCCUGGACAUGGUGGUUUCGCUCGUGAAGAAGGAGGUGAAGAAGCAUAAGAAGCAACAGUCCCUCCAUGAACCACAGGAUUUCAUUGACUUCUACCUACUCCAGAUGGAGAAAAGUAGUAAUGACCUCCACACGACGUACGAUGAAGAAAACCUGGCUGAGUGUAUCAUUGAGUUCUUUGGGGCUGGGACAGAGACAACUGCUACCACUUUAAGGUGGGCACUACUUCUGAUGGCAGCUCAUCCAGAUAUCCAAGGUAAAAUCCAGAAGGAGAUGGAAGAUGUUUUUGGUGCUUCUUGUUCAAUCUGCUAUCAAGAUCGGAAGAAGCUGCCUUAUACCAAUGCUGCGAUUCACGAGAUCCAGCGUUCAAGAUACGUCUUUUUAUCAGGAGUUCCCAGACAAAAUGUGAAGGAUGUGACCAUAUGCGGGUUACUCAUUCCUAAGGGCACCUUUAUAAUGCCAGAUCUGCGCUCCGUUCUUCUUGAUCCAGAGCAAUGGGAGACCCCAGAAAAGUUCAACCCACACCAUUUUUUGGACAAGGAUGGGAAUUUUUUGGCAAGAGAAGAGUUUCUUGCUUUUGGUGAAGGCUCCCGGGUGUGUUUGGGGGAGCAGCUGGCAAGAAUCGAAAUCUUCCUCUUCUUCACCAGUUUGCUGAGGUCCUUCAGCUUCCAGCUGCCACCAGGAGUGGGAAAGAUCAACACAAAGCCUGCGGUUGGGUUGACAAUGCACCCCCAUCCUUACAAACUCUGCGCCGUUCCUCGCUGCAAUGCGCCAUAA